CUUCACCAUGAAGGACUGGGACUCCUUCAACUACCACUACCGCGCCGACCGCCAGGCUCAGACGUUCCUCAGCAACUACGACUUCGGCGAUGUGGUCGUGGCAGAGCUCAGCGGGAAUUCGACGGCCAUUUGGGGGAUCUCGCCGCCCGCGCAGCGGCGUCUGAUCAGCGACCUGCAGAGCCACCACCCGAUCCGCCUCAAAAUGCGGUGGAGCGUCAAGCGGCCGUCCAAGUCCCCGGAUGUGGCGUCCGAAUGCAAGGACGAGACGGAGAUCCAGCUCAAGGCGUUCGAAGGGAGCGAGCGGAACCCCGUCAGAGAGAAACUGGUGAGGAUCCUCGAGGGCGAGCUGGACGCGAACCCCGUGCUCAUCGAGAACCUCCUGCCGAAGUUCCUGAAGGUGACCAACAAGGGGCAGGCUCUCUACGUGCCCCAGCUGGAAGACAAGAAAAAGGGCUUCGUCGACCUCCGGCUCACCCUCCAGUCCGACGGCUUCGGGAACCUCUCCUCGACGCAGGAGUGGUGGGAGGUGGAGGAGGAGUGCAAGCACUUCACCUGGCUGCCGCGGGGGAGCGAAUGCCGCUUCCUCACCAUCUACACGUUCAACGACAAGGCCUUUCCGGAGGGGCUGAGCUUCAUCUCCGGGGGCGGGAUCGUGGGCAUGUACACGACCCUGGUGCUGGUGGCGGGCAAGAUGCUGCGUGGGUACUUCGCUGGCUCGGCCCUCAAGAUCAUGUUCGAUGACAUGCCCAACGUUGAUCGGAUCAUGCAGCUGUGCCUCGACAUCUACCUCGUGCGGGAGAGCCGAGAGCUGGAGUUGGAGGAGGACCUGUUCGCCAAGCUGGUGUUCCUCUUCCGCUCCCCCGAGACACUGAUCAAGUGGACGAGGCCGGAGGAGGAGGAGACUCCGGAGGGCGAGGAAGGGGACCCGCAGCUGGAGUGAAGGAGGAAGAGAGAGAGGAAGAGAAGAAGCAGGAGAAGGAAGAGAG